AUGUAUGGCAACUUCUCAAUCAAGAACCUGGCCACGUACGUUCGCCCCGCCCUUUUGGCUAGAAAGCAUGUUCUAUCCGAGAAGCCAGCAGUAGGAGAGAAUGUCAAGGACUCAGUCGCACUGAUCAAGUGGCACGACAGCUUUGGUCUGAUACCCAGCACCGUCCAUUGGUACCAGCCUUGGCCAGAUACCGAGUGGCGCAACCAACCAACCCAUCAAGGUGGUUUCCUCCUUGACGGUGGAGUGCACUACAUGGCCGGGCUGCGAGACCUUCUUGCAUCGCAGCCAAGAAACGAGAUCGCCCGAGUAUCAGCUUUCACCAUCCAACUGCAGGAGCACCUGCCUCCUGUGGACGCUACCAAUGUCGUCAUAAGGACAAAGUCUGACAUCACGGGCAGCUUUCAGAUCUCGGUUAGGACCACACUACGCGAGGACUCGUAG